AGCUGUAUCUACGCUCUUGAAGGCUUGCUUACACACGGUGGCCGAAUUGCUCUUUCCUUGCAUGAAGGUUAUUGUGCGUUAUCGCUAAAGUGUUUGUUUGAACGGUUUAUGAAUAGAUGUCUUUGGAGCAAGUUUGUCUUUUGCUGGGAAAGAGCAAGCUGCCAUUUGCGGAAGUAUUACGUUUAAUACAACAGUUUCUAAUCUUCCAAAAGGAUUAAUUUUGGCCAAAUUUUUCUGAAAUACCAUCGAAGCACGCGCGCCUGCGCACACGGCAGCUCUCCUCCACCCCCGACGUUUGCAUCUCCUAAACCGAGUAACGAGUUGGACAAACGGACUGGCAGCAAAUGGGCGGCAACUUAAGCAAGGCGCUUACGGCGCUCCAGAAGAAAGGAGAGCCCGAAGCAGCGGAUGCUCCUCUGGAAGACCCACCAACACCUCCAGCACCAGAUCCUCGAUUGCCCCUCACAGCUAGACAGUUGUUCAAUAUCUCCAAAUCAUGGAAAGGGAUUGCCAGGGCUAUGGAACCGACUGGGAUUACCAUGUUUGUCAAACUUUUCGAAGACAAUGAAGACAUUCUACACUUGUUUCAAAAAUUCCAACACAAGAGAUUCCAUGAAUUUCAUCGAGAUAGUAUGGAACUGGCGCAACAUGCUGGCAUUGUUAUGAGUACUUUGGAUGAGAGCAUUAAAAAACUGAAUAACGUUGAUUAUUUCCUGGAUUACUUACAUUCCGUUGGAAAGCUGCAUACGAAGAUCCCAGGAUUCCAAAGAAAUUACUUCUGGAGAAUCGAGCGCCCAUUUCUCGAAGCGGUUCAAGAUACUUUAGGGGAUCGGUAUACUGACAAUAUGGAAAACAUUUACAAAAUCACCAUUCGUUAUAUCCUCGACACUGUUGUCAAAGGCUUUGAUUUAGGAGCUCUUCAGACCAAAACAAGUGGAGUACAACCACCGAAAGCUUCUCCUGAACCAUCACCGUCGCCACAGGAACACAAAGAACAAGAGGAAAAAUGUGUUCAUUCUCAGUGUCCUGCAGUUCAGACUUUGACCAAUGGACAGUCUUAAAAGUUUCGCACGUUCAUGUUUGCACAGUACUUCAGUAGACAUUUUCUGAGAAUCGCAAAUAUUCGUGUGCAGCUGCCGUUUUCUAUAUGUGCCAAGUAUUUUUUAAGAAUUAUAAUAAAUUCUACAUUGAAGCAAAAUAUUUUGAUAAUAUUACAUUAAAUUUACUGAAUUUUACAAUAUUUCAGAUAACCAGUAGAAAGGACAUUGCAUGUGCAUUUUUGUAGUCAUCAUAAAUUAAAAGCUUCGCCUCUAUUAAAAUUAAACAAAUUUCUUGCAUUA